GCGACGUCAGGUCGCGGACAACAAAAAGCAAAGCGCGAGGAAUGACGUGACGCCCUGGAGUAGCGUGAUCCGGGCGUGAGCGCCUCGGUGACAGAUGGAAUGAUGUGCGUCCGCACCAGUGCCAAUUAAACACACGUCGAUAGGCUCGGCAUUCUUGGCAGGAGGCUGGCGGUGGAGCAAUGAGAACCGGUCGGGAAAGGUGCGCGGGCUCGGGCCUCGGUUGGUGGAGAGCAGUGACGUAGCAGCCCACGGACGCCACACACCGGCUGCCUGGCUCUGGAGCAGGGGAAUGACCGCCAGUGACCUCGAAUGAAUCGCGCGUUUAUCCAGCCGCGCACGCGCUCAGCACGUCCAUGAAAUGCGUCGCCUUUCGGAAAGAGUCGAUUAGUGGAACCGAGCGGCAAGAAAGGCAGCGGAGCGGCCCGUUUGCGGCGGCUGUCAGGCGGACUAGCCGUGCUAAGCUAACGCUAGCGUCGGCUGCCCAUGCUAACAUGGAGAAAGCCAAGUCAACGGUGGAGAAGAAAGCGGCGGCCGGGCCGCUUCACGUCGCCGGCGGGCAGAGGGCAGCGCUGAACGGCCACGUCUCCGCGCUCGCCAACGGCCCGGGCAGCGGCGGCUGCGGGGGGGAGGAUACGGAGAGCCACGGCUCCCCCGCCAAGAGGAGCCGGCUGCGGAGGAGGAGCGAGUCGGCGCGGCGGAGCAGACCGCCCUUCCCCUGGUUUGGCAUGGACAUUGGGGGCACUCUGGUCAAGCUGGUUUAUUUUGAGCCUGUGGACAUCACAGCAGAGGAAGAGCAGGAAGAAGUGGAGAACCUCAAGUCCAUCCGUCGCUACCUCACCUCGAAUGUGGCUUAUGGUAAAACAGGCGUUCGGGACGUCCACCUGGAGCUGAGGAACCUGACCAUGUGCGGCCGAACAGGAAACCUGCACUUCAUCCGCUUCCCGACCCAGGCCAUGCCUCGCUUCAUCCAAAUGGGCCGAGACAAGAACUUCUCCAGCCUGCACACCACACUGUGCGCCACGGGGGGAGGGGCUUACAAGUUUGAAAAUGACUUCCGCACCAUGGCUGACCUGGAGCUGCUCAAGCUGGACGAGCUGGACUGUCUGAUCCACGGCUUGCUGUUCGUGGACCGGGUCAGCUUCAACGGACACCCGGAGUGCUACUACUUCCAGAACCCUUCGGACACCGAGAGCUGCGUGAAGAAGCCGUGCACCCUGGAGAACCCCUUCCCCAUGCUGCUGGUCAACAUCGGCUCCGGAGUCUCCAUCCUGGCUGUGCACUCGGAGAACAACUAUAAACGAGUCACUGGUACCAGUCUGGGAGGUGGAACAUUCCUGGGCCUUUGCUGCCUGCUCACGGGCUGCGAGACCUUCGAGGAGGCUCUGGAAAUGGCCAGUAAGGGAGACUCGACCAACGUUGACAAGCUGGUGAAGGACAUCUACGGCGGAGACUACGAGCGCUUCGGUCUGCAGGGCUCAGCGGUGGCAUCCAGCUUCGGUCACAUGAUGGGCAAGGAGAAGCGCGACAGCAUCAGCAAGGAGGACUUGGCCCGAGCCACGCUGGUCACCAUCACCAACAACAUCGGCUCCAUCGCUCGCAUGUGUGCCCUCAACGAGAAAAUCGAGCGAGUGGUGUUUGUUGGGAACUUCCUGCGCAUCAACACCGUCUCCACCAAGCUGCUGGCCUACGCCAUGGACUUCUGGUCCCAGGGACAACUGCGGGCGCUGUUCCUGGAGCACGAGGGUUACUUCGGGGCGGUGGGCGCACUGAUGGAGCUGCUGAAGACGUCCGAGGAGCCGUGAGGCGCCCGACGUCCCGGACCCCCAUCCAUGUCAUCACCCCGAAGCGCUGUGACCUUUUCAACUCUCUUUGCCGCGACCUCUGCCAUGAAGGUCGCGGCGGCUGCUACAAAGGAGAACACUGGAGUGGGGCAGAGACUGAGAAGCCAUUUUUAACUUGUACAUAACUUCCUCCCUUGUCAUCAAGGUUUUAAUCUCCUCAUGAACGUUUGCUUCCCUGGAGUCGCCCAAGGUCAUUCCCCUGAGAUUAUCCUCAAACUGUGAUAUUUAUUAGCAACCAAGUAGAUCACUGUUGUCCCCCCCCCUCGCACCGCUGCUCAUGGCCUUGACUCUUCUGUAGAAGCUUCCCUUCUGCUGCCAACGUUACUUUUCACGUCGACCUCUCGCCGUGUCUCUCACCGCUAGGACGGCGGCGCCUGGGUUUUGAUGAUGCUCUGCCUUUACAGCCCAUUAUUCCGCGCCGCAAAGUGACUCUGAACCAUGGGGACGUCUGACGGACAGUCUGAUAGCAUAGGUGAGAGGGGGCAUGGUGAAACGGCGCCUGUCAAGAUGAAGCUUAAACUGCUUUACAGCUGACGUCAGCCUAACGUGCGUCAGGGUUUCAGUCAGGUCACUAGGCCCAGAUCCAGCGGGGAGCGGUGGCGCGGGUCCAGCUGGCUGUGUUCAGGGUGAACCCGGCGCAGCUGCAGCGGCGGCGUGUUACAUAAGUGGCGGCAGCAGGGCCGCUUCUCAGCGGGUGGUUCCCCUGGUGAGCCGCGGCCCGUCCUCCACGCCACCAGCUCUCUGACGCUGCGGCGCCUGUGAACCCGGUGGCACUCGUGAACCUUUGAACUCGAGGCAAGGAACGCACGUGUCGUCACUAGCGUUGGACCCGCCACCACAACAAGCGUGCGGCGGAUUCCAGGAAGAGUUUGCACAGCUGAACCUUCCCAGAGGCUGCUGAGUCGUCACAACUCACUGGCUCUGGGUGAGCUGGACGACACGGCAGGCUUCUUGUGACUCAGCAGCCGAGUGGCUCUGCUCGCGACGCUAGAGGGCGCUAAUUAGCCUCCGAGGUCUGAAUGACGUCCUACAUUCGUCAGGUGGGAGUCACUCCGGCGCUGUCCAUCAUUCCGCCAACACCUGGACCCUCAAAAACAUGUGGCGAGCACCGGGUCAAUGCAUCCUCUCCUGCGGCCUUUGCCCCCGCACGCGUCAAUGCCGUCCGCGCGCUCGUCCUAGCUGUGAUGAUGACACGGCAGAUUUGCCUUCAGCAGAGGAAUUCGACCCAACAACUCUUUCAGUUGCCUUGGUUCACCUGCCUGACCCCUGCCUGACCUCUGCUUGACCCCCGCCUGACCCCCGUGUGUCCUGUCUGUCGCGACCUUCUCUUGCCAUGAAUGCAGUGCAGUGACGACUGGAGCCUUUUCCGCGUCUCCUCCUACUGAUGCAGUUCAAGUCGGGCGCCGUCUUUGGUCCGACAUCACUGGGGUUGUUUUUAUUUGGGCUUUUACAUGUGUCUUUGUGUUUUGCUGACUGGCCAGUCUUGACUAACGUGACUUUACUGGGUCUGUUCUGCUCGGUGCCCGGCCCAACAGAACCGCAGCGAUUGUGGAGGAGAACCUGGUCCCCAGAUGCGAAUGUGACCAACAUUCCCUCCUCAACCUGCCCCAGUGGUGGCUCUUCCCGGGCCACGUGAGUGGGCUCCUGGGAGCCACACUUCUCUGGUUGCGUUUGCCAAGGAAUCAUCACAAAUACUGAAGCGGGAACCGUGAUUCGGAGCCCAGUGGAAUGAGCUGGAAUCACACGCGUGUAACAAUGACUAAUGUUGUGGUUUGCUGCUAAGAAAAGUGCAAAAUGUCUUUUUUUUUUUUUUAUUUCAACAAGUGAAAACUGUUUUAAUUGAGCUGCAGCGGGGUUUUAAACAUGUCUCUCUCUAACAACGAAUGCUCAGAGUUGUAAUAUAUUUCUGUGUUUCUGACGAUGAAUUGUACAUUUGUGGAGAUAAUAUAUUCUGAAAUCCUGCGA